AAAAUGGCCGGAUCCAAGGAUGGGAAAGCGGGCGAGCACAAGGCCAACGGCGGCGAGGCGCACCCCAUUGCGGAGGCGCUGAAGGCUGAAGAACAGCUACUGAACUCCGUCAAAGACGAGACAUCGGUUGAGCAUCUGGGUGCGACUUCACCUCUGCCUGUUGACCUCGCUGCCAAGAACGGCGAUGUAUCUCUCAUCACAGAGGUGAUGACGAAGGAGGAAGAGGAGAUGUAUCAGGCCCGGAUUAAGCUAGAGGAAGAAGAGGAGGCCCGGAAGAGAGAAGAGGCCGCAAGGCAGGCCUUUGACCCGAAGGCAAAGUUCAGCAAGUUGGAUGAACUGCUGACGCAGACACAGCUCUAUUCUGAAUUUCUCCUUGAGAAGAUGGAGCAGAUCACAGAUGUUAAGCCGACUGCUGUUGAAAUUAAAGAUGAAGAGGAACCAGUGGAAGAGCAAAAGAAAGGACGGGGCAGGAAGAGGAAAGCGGCGAACUCUAAGCCACAGUACAAUGACAAGAAGGCUAAAACGGCAGUGGUAGCCAUGCUUUCAAGAUCUCGCGAAGAUCGCUCUGCUGAUGAUGGCACUCUCACGGAAGAAGAAAAGUGGGAAAGAGAGCAAGCCAACCUUGUUCCAUUGUUGACUGGGGGAAAGUUGAAAUCUUACCAGAUAAAGGGUGUUAAGUGGCUAAUAUCACUGUGGCAAAAUGGGCUUAAUGGGAUACUGGCUGAUCAAAUGGGCCUUGGCAAAACAAUCCAGACAAUUGCAUUUCUUGCUCAUCUUAAAGGGAAUGGCCUGCAUGGUCCAUACAUGGUUAUUGCUCCCCUUUCCACCCUGUCAAACUGGUUGAACGAGCUAACGAGGUUUGCUCCAUCUAUAAAUGGUCUGAUUUAUCAUGGAGAUAAAGUGGCUCGGACAGAGCUAAGGAGAAAACACAUGCCCAAAACUGUUGGUCCUGAUUUUCCAAUAAUAAUCACUUCAUAUGAGAUGGCCAUGUUUGAUGCAAAGUUUCUUGCUAAUUAUAAGUGGAAGUAUGUUGUUGUAGAUGAGGGGCAUCGUUUGAAAAAUACGAAGUGCAAAUUACUGAGGGAGUUGAGGCGCAUCCCAAUGGAUAACAAGCUCCUUUUGACUGGAACACCUCUUCAGAAUAAUCUAGCAGAGCUGUGGUCUCUAUUGAACUUCAUUUUGCCUGAUAUAUUCUCAUCCCAUGAGGAAUUUGAGUCAUGGUUUGAUUUUUCUGGGAAGGCUGAUGAGGAACUAGAGGAAGAAACUGAUGAAAAGAAAAGAGUCCUGGUUGUCUCAAAGCUUCAUGCCAUUUUGCGCCCAUUCCUUUUAAGGCGGAUGAAGGAGGAUGUAGAACACAUGCUUCCACGAAAGAAAGAGAUAAUCAUAUAUGCUAACAUGACUGAACAUCAGAAGCAAAUCCAGAAUCACUUGAUUGAGCAGACAUUUGAUGACUACUUGCAUGAGAGCGCAGAUAUUGUUUUGCGGAGGCCCGGCAUCAAGACAAAGCUAAAUAAUCUACUCAUUCAGCUGAGAAAAAAUUGUGGCCACCCUGAUCUUUUCCAUUCUGCUUUUGACUCAAACAGUCUCUAUCCACCUGUUGAUAAGCUUCUGGAACAGUGUGGCAAAUUUCAGCUGUUGGACAGGUUACUGAAUGCUCUCAUCAAACGAAAUCACAAGGUCCUAAUAUUUUCUCAAUGGACAAAGAUUUUGGACAUCCUUGACUAUUAUUUGUCUGAGAAAGGCCUGAAGGUUUGCCGAAUUGAUGGUAAUGUUAAGUUGGAAGACAGGAGGAACCAGAUAGCAGCGUUUAAUGACUUAAACAGUGGUAUGAAUGUCUUCAUUCUCAGCACACGUGCUGGUGGGCUUGGUAUCAACCUUACUUCUGCUGAUACUUGUAUCCUGUAUGAUAGUGACUGGAAUCCUCAGAUGGAUUUGCAGGCUAUGGAUCGAUGCCACCGUAUUGGCCAAACACAGCCAGUUCAUGUUUAUCGAUUGGCGACAUCCAAUUCUGUUGAGGGACGGAUCAUCAAGAAAGCUUUUGGAAAGUUGAAGCUAGAGCACGUAGUGAUCGGGAAGGGACAGUUCCAGCAAGAUGCCGCGAAGCCUAACGCCUUAGAUGAGGGGGAGCUGCUGGCGCUUCUGAGGGACGAGCAGGCCGAGGAAGACAGGAUGAUCCAGACGGACAUCAGCGACGAGGACCUCCUGAAGGUGAUGGACCGGAGCGACCUCACCGGCGCGCGUGCAGCCGCUGAUGCCGCCCCGCACUUCCCCCUCAAAGGGCCUGGCUGGGAGGUCGUGGUGGCUGCCGGCGGCGGCAUGCUCUCAGCGCUCACCAGCUGAGCCCCGCGCCCGCCCCAGUCACCGGCCUGGCAACGACGACCGACGCCUCGGUGUACUGGUGCUCCGGCUUUGUUCGUCGCCUGUGUUAAGGCCGAUGUUUUUGUGAACAUGAUGUAUCCCCCCUAAGUAAUUAUGGACGACCGGGCGUUGCACCCCCUAGAUUAGGAGCUGAUCGAUCCUUUGGCGAGCUGUGUUGUGAUGUAACUCGAGCUCGUGCCUUCAUCCAAGGCAACCACCCUAGUAGCUAUGUAAGACUGUUAUGGUACUACUAGUCUGUGCUGAAUUAGUCUGGAAAUGAGACUGCUACCCCAGUAUGCGUUGCUGUGCUAA